GAGAAAUAAAAUGUGAUGGGUUAUAGCUAACACUGGUAUUCGUUCUUUUGUCCUGCGAAAUUAUAGACGCCUUCGUUAUCGACCAAAAUGAUACGCCAAAAGAGCCGGAUUUACGGCAAUAGGCUGAUCGCUAUGAUCACGCUCGUCGAUGCGCUCUCAAGUUGUUGGUUCGGCUACGAUCAGGGCGUUUUUGCAGGUGUUCUGGUAUCGGAGAAUUUCAAGGAACAGUUUCCCCAGGUCCGCGAUGCCAAUAUAUCAGGCAUCACGUCAAGUUGCUUCUUCAUUGGAGCCUUCCUAGGCUCGAUGGCAGCUUUUAUGCUAGGCGAUAGACUCGGACGAAGAAAAACCAUCGCCUGGGGUUUACUGUGCAACUUCCUGGGAGCGAUUCUCCAGUUCACCGCGUGGCAUCUGCCCCAGAUGAUCAUCGGACGUUUGAUAAACGGGUUCGGCAUUGGAUUAACAUCGACUACGACUCCCGUUUUCCUAUCCGAAUGUGCGAAAUCACACCAGCGAGGUAAACUGGUCGUUAUCGGUACCGCUUCUAAUGUAACAUCGUUCGCGUUAGCGAACUGGAUCGCCUAUGCCCUAUACUCUCAAAAUGGACCAUUCCAAUGGCGAUUUCCUCUCGCGUUUCAAGUCGUCUACUUCUUCAUGAUAGCACCAAUUCUCCUUCUAGUCCCAGAGUCGCCGAGGUGGUUGUUAUUAGCUGGUAAGGAGGAGAGUGCUCUCGGGGUUCUUAGCCAACUCGCCGGGAAGGAUAUUCCGAUGAACGACGAUACCGUCACGGGAGAGUUUCGCUCUAUUAAAGUCGCCAUAGAGCUCGAGAGAGAAGACCGUGCGCCAAUAAUGGAUGUCCUUUGCUUCCGCGACAAGACGCAUAACUUCCGUCGCUUGAUACUGUCUUGCGGAACUCAGUUUAUGCAGCAGUUCAGUGGCAUAAACGCAUUAGGAUUUUAUCUUCCUACGCUGUUGGCGGAGAAUGUUGGUUUUAGCCAAGAAAUGAGCCGAUUGAUCGCUGCUGUCAGCGGUACUGUUUACCUUGUCUCGGCAUUCGGAAGCGUGAUUAUCAUCGAUACUCUUGGUCGACGAAAGAUGCUACUAUGCGGCUCUAUCGCUAUGGGAAUAUGCCAUCUGAUCGCCUCCCUGUGUCUCAGAUCGAGCGAGCUCGAUAUUUCCGGGAAGAAACUGAUGGGAAACGUAACUACCGCGAUGUUUAUCGUUUUUCACGUCUUCUUUGGUCUGACGUGGGCUUGUGUUCCGUGGGUAUACAGCGCCGAGGUAAACUCGCUGGGCUGGCGCUCGCGCGGUGCAGGAGCCGCUACAGCGACAAACUGGCUCGGCGGAUUCGUGGUGACUCAAUUUACCAAAGUAGGCAUCGAUAACCUAAAUUGGGCCUUUUACCUAAUUUUUGCCGUGUUCUGCUUUUCUUAUUUCCCGAUAGUGCUCUUGUUUUAUCCCGAAACCUCAAACCGUACGCUUGAAGAUAUGGACUACAUGUUUAUACAAAAUCCAUCUAUAUUCGUAUUGGGGAGACAGGAAAUGACCCAGCGGAGACGGCCGGCAAGCUUCGCGACGGCAGAGGCCGACCGCAUUUCGAGGGGAUGAAGCAGAAAUUUCAAAGGUUCUCUAAAGAACAACUGGCAAAUUCAGAUAUGGCGAUACCCAAUAAUGCAGAGUCUAGACGGGUAGAAUCAAAU